AUGGAAUCUCCGUUUCUAAUUUGGUAGAUAUAUGGGAACCACUCCACUGAGUCAUUACCCUACCUAAGUAAAUAUUGUAUAGCAGCAAUCGUCACUCUGAUCGUAUUUAUUUCGAUUAUGAUGCUUCAUCAUGUUCGGAGUCAUUUCUAAAUUAUUAGAAGAACCCCCAAGAAACAAAAGAAUAAAGAAAAGAAUGUCACUUUCAACUUAGACUUGAAUCAGAUACACUACUAUUAUUGA